AUGUCUUCUCCACCUAUAAUAUUUGUUGACGAUUAUGACUUUAACAUUACUAAUGAUAAUAAUGAUACCAUAGAUUCAACUAAUUCUUUAUUACCAUCUACUUUUAAUAGUAAUAAUAGUAAUGUAAGACUUUCAUCAUCUUAUCGUUGGAUGAUCUUAUUAGGUUUUUCUUUACUUACAUUUUCUUCAGCAUGUUUAUGGAUAACAUUCGCUCCAUGUUUAUACAUUUUCAUGUCUUAUUUUUCCCAAUCUCCUUCUAGUAUAAAUUCUUUAUCAUCUGUUUACAUGAUAAUGUAUCCAAUUUUAUUAAUUCCUUCUAUAAACUUUUUUAAUACUUAUGGAGUAAAAUGUAGUGUAAUUUUUGGUGCAUUUUUAAAUUCUUUGGGUGCUUUCUUUAGAUUUUUAGGUUCAUUAAAUAGAUCAUAUAUAGGAUUUUGGGUUUUAUUUUUUGGUCAAGCCAUAGCUUCAAUUGCUCAACUUUUUAUAUUAAGU